GCAGACGCACAGAUUGGAGGGCUGUCGGUGGUUGUGGCCAGGGCACUCAGUCCAAAUAAUUUGACUAAAAGAGACUGCUCACGAACAAGGGGAGGCGUGGGACCAAAGUUAACAUGUAAAGGAAGCGGAAAAAGUUAAACAACGCAAUCAACGUAAGCUUCUGCUUUUAUGAAGAAUCAUCAGAGCAGAGCUGGUGAACCCACAGACCCCCUGGGACCCUACCCGCCCCGCUAGCGUGAUCGGAGCUGCUGUCUUCUCGCCGUCGUACCCCGGGAUCCGUCCUCUGGUGGAGAAGAUGUUCCCGGCCACCUCCGGACCCCGCAGCGCGUCGUCAUUCUGAACCACAUCCUCCUCACAUUACACCGUCGGGGUUGUUUCUGGCCAACGCAGCAUUCCAUGGACAGCACAUAUCCCCGGAUUGUGAUUACAUUUUGAUAGCUGAUCCGAUUUUGCUGCUUUAAUUUGCAUUCUAACUGACGAUUGGCCCUCGCCUUGGGAAGCCACUCCCUCUCUCCUAACUCCUCAUCAUCUCAGUGGCGACAGGCCUCUGUCGGCUCUCACUUCCUGUCCUCAAAGCCACUUAAGGAAGGCCUCGCCCUACUCAGUGAUUGGACCUUUUUUUUAAUCGACCAAUCAACCAUCAGCUCGGGGAGCGGCCAGUCGGUUUCGCUGUCUGACAUGGAGGCGCCCAUCUACGCCACGGGCAUCGCCGCCAAGCUCAGGAGCCAAUGGGAUCGUGACGACGGCCUGGGUCAGAACCACAAGGCGGUGAAGUUCCUGGGGCAGGACUACGAGUCGCUGAAGGCCAACUGCGCCCAGCGCCGGGGCCUGUUUGAGGACCCCCUGUUCCCCUGCGCCCCCUCCUCGCUGGGCUUCGACGAGCUGGGGCCCCGCUCAGCCAAGACCUCGGGUGUCCGCUGGAUGAGGCCCACGGAGGUUUGCCGGAAUCCCAAGUUCAUUAUGGAUGGAGCCACCCGCACAGAUAUCUGCCAGGGGGGUCUUGGUGACUGCUGGCUCCUGGCGGCCAUCGCCUCCCUGACGCUGAAUGACCAGCUCCUUCACCGGGUGGUGCCUCACGGCCAGAGCUUCGACAGCGGCUACGUCGGCAUAUUCCACUUUCAGUUCUGGCAGUUUGGAGAGUGGGUGGAGGUGGUGAUAGACGACCGCCUCCCGGUGAAGGAGGGCAAGCUGCUGUUCGUCCACUCGGCCGAGGGCACCGAAUUCUGGAGCGCCCUGAUCGAGAAGGCCUACGCCAAGCUGAACGGCUGCUACGAGGCCCUGUCGGGGGGCAGCACGUCGGAGGGCUUCGAGGACUUCACGGGGGGCGUGACGGAGAUGUACGACCUGCCCAAGGCCCCCCAGGACCUCUUCAGCAUCGUGGGCCGCGCCAUCGAGAGGGGCUCCCUGCUGGGCUGCUCCAUCGACAUAUCCAGUAACAAGGACAUGGAGGCGGUCACCUUUAAAAAGCUGGUGAAGGGACACGCCUACUCUGUGACCGGCGUGAACGAGGUGGUGUACCGAGGGACCCCCACCAAGCUAGUCCGCAUCAGGAACCCCUGGGGGGAGGUGGAGUGGACCGGCUCCUGGAGCGACAACUCCAGGGAGUGGGACAGUGUGGACCGCAACGUCCGCAGCAAACUGCAGAACCGCAGCGAGGACGGAGAGUUCUGGAUGUCGUUCAGCGACUUCCUGCGGGAGUUCAGCCGGCUGGAGAUCUGCAACCUGACCCCUGACGCGCUGCAGAACUGCCAGCUGAAGAAGUGGAGCACCUCGCUCUACCAGGGCGAGUGGCGCCGCGGCAGCACCGCCGGGGGCUGCCGCAACUUCCCAGCGACCUACUGGAUCAACCCACAGUUCAAGGUAGCUCUGGAGCACCCGGACACCGCUGGCCAAUCAGGGUGCAGCUUCCUGGUGGCGCUGAUGCAGAAGGACCGGAGGAAGAAGCGGCGGGAGGGGAAGGACAUGGAGACCAUCGGGUUCGCCAUCUAUGAGGUGCCUAAAGAGUUUGCGGGCAAGUCGGCGGUCCACCUGAAGCGGGACUACUUCCUGACACACAGCUCCAGUGCGCGCUCCGAGCUCUUCAUCAACCUGAGGGAGGUGAGCUCGCGCUUCAGCCUGCCCCCGGGGGAGUACAUCAUCGUGCCCUCCACCUUCGAGCCCCAGAAGGAGGGGGACUUUGUCCUGCGGGUGUUCUCGGAGAAGCCCACCGACUCCGAGGAGCUUGAUGAUGAGGUCACAGCAGAACUUCCCCCAGAGACCCAGCUGCACGAGAGUCAGAUCGAUCAAGCCUUCAAGAAUCUCUUUAGACAGCUGGCAGGGCCGGACAUGGAAAUCAGUGUUAAAGAACUGCAAACAAUUCUGAACAGGAUCAUCGGCAAACACAAAGACCUGAAGACGGACGGCUUCAGCAAGGAAGCCUGUCGCAGCAUGAUAAACCUCAUGGACACGGACGGCAGCGGCAAGCUUGGGCUGGCAGAGUUCCACGUGCUGUGGGAGAAGAUCAAGAGAUACCUGACCAUAUUCCGCCAGUUUGACAUGGACAAGUCGGGCACCAUGAACUCCUACGAGAUGCGACGGGCACUGGACUCUGCAGGAAUCAAGCUGACCAAUCACCUGUUCCAGCUGAUCAUCCUGCGCUACACGGAGGAAGACCUCACCGUCGACUUUGACAACUUCGUCACGUGCCUGGUUCGGCUGGAGACCAUGUUCAAGACCUUCAACACAAUGGACACCAAGAGAGAAAAAUGCAUUUCCCUGAACUUCAUGCAGUGGAUUUCUCUGACCAUGUUCGCCUAGACAACGCUAGCAAGGCUACCGCUAGCAAGGCUAUCGCUACGCUGACAUCGUUCCGCCCAGUGGCCAUCCCCCCGAACCCGGGCCCCCUUCAUUUUGUGUUUCAGAAGUGCCUUUCUUCUUUUGUUCUCCCCCCCCCCCCCCCCCCCGCAUCCAUUUCAUUUUACGUGAAUUUGCCAUGGAUGUGUGCCACCGAAUGCCUUAUCGCGUCACAUGACCUGCCAACUCAAAACGGGGGGGUGCCCUGAACGGUUACGUCAGUGCAGCCUACCGGCUGGGUCUCGGACCCGGGACAUGGGAGACAUUCUGAAGGGGUUAAUCGCUUAUGUGCUGACCUGCCAAUGCCAAAUGUAAAUGGUGAUGAUGAUCGUUUGGGGAUGGAUAUCGACUGGGCUUGCUUCCCCCUGAUUCUACUCUGUUUACAACUGAGCGCAGCGCAUUGCUUGUGUUAUUUUAUGAUCAGAUGCCUGCUCUUUGGGACUUUAUGUGUAAUGUUUUACGUCUGAUCAGAGCGAUUGAGGGUUUUUCUUCUGUUUUGCUGGGUGCAUUCCUGAAACAGACUAUCGCUAUUAUCAUUAUACCUAUAUCUACCUAACUGAAUGAAAACCGAAAUCUGACUUUCACUCUUAAACAAUGGAGCCAGAGGUGGCACACACUUCAUCGAACAUUGUUUUACUCACUAAUGCGAUUCAUUAAAAAAAGGGAACAGUUGUACACGCAUGCCAAUGUGUUGGGUAUGGUUGUGAGAAGAUGUGUCAUGGGUUAUGCAUGCUUUGUGCCGUGUGAUAUGGUGGUUCAGUCUGCUCUCUAACUCUCUAUUCUGCUCAGCAUGCUAAUCUGCUGUCUCUCCUUCAAACAUGUAACACUCGUGCACAUUUACGGAGAGCUGGGAGUGCCACUUUCCAUCUUAAGGUUAUAUAAAGGAUUGUGUGCCUUUUUUUGUUGCCAAAAAUCUAAGUGCUUCAAUGGUGCAGAGGCUUAAGUGAGGGUCCCAAAUGCUUUGUUUGACACGGUCGCCCCUCGAAUGUUGUUCAAAUGGGUUCUUCAAAUAAUCUAUUACAGCGCAGUUGACAAAUUUAUAUAUAUAUAAAUUUGUAUAUUUGUAUUUCAGUAAAAGAAAAAAACGAAAUUAAACAAUGGCAUGUUUAAAUGAGUCCGGUA